AUGCCUGUGACAAAAUCAUUGCCAAAAUCAAAAGUCAAAAAGUGCAGCACAGAACUAGAAAGUUGUAUUUCUAUUGCAAGCAAAACUGUGUAGAAGUGGUUAUGUGUUUUUUUCAACUUCUAGUUUGAUUUACUUAGGAUUAAUACAAUAUUAAUUGUAAUCAAGAAGUCGUCAGUCACGUAGAGGAGUAUACUGUAAAGAUAUAGCCUUUUAGUCGGUACAGGAUUAAUGCUUUGCUAUCAAAAUGUCAUUGAAACCUAAGAAAGUUGAUUUUAACCAGACAUGGGAUGUUUUACAAGAGACUGUGAAAGGAGUCAUCACUCUGGGAAAUGUACCCAGGUCGAUUUGGAACGACCGAUUCAGUGAUGUUUACUCUCUGUGUGUGGCGUAUCCUGAACCGCUAGCGGACAGGUUAUACCAGGAGACCAAACAGUACCUGGACAAUCAUGUCAAGUCACUGCUAGAGAAAGUCAAAGAGAAUGGGGACACAGGAUUGCUGAGAUGUUAUAAUCAGGCUUGGAAUGAGUACAGUCAGGGGAUCAACUAUCUCCACCGGCUCUAUCUAUAUUUGAAUCAGCAGCACAUAAAAAAGCAGAAGCUGACUGAAGCAGAGAUCAUUUAUGGCAAUGCGACUGCUGAUUCCCAGGAACAAAUGGAAAUUGGUGAACUGGGCCUGGAGAUCUGGAAACGGAACAUGAUAGAACCUCUGCAGGGAAGUCUUGUGAAACUACUGCUUGACGGGAUACACCAGGAUAGGUUGGGACAGGGUCAGCAUGUCAACAACGAUGUCAUCCGGGGAGUCAUUCAGUCCUUUGUCAGCGUACAAGAGUACAAGAAGAAGGGAAAUCUUGAGCUGUACGAGAAGAUAUUCGAGGAACCGUUCCUGACAGCUAGUGGAGACCACUACAAGCGAGAAGCGGCCAAGUAUCUACAAGAGAGCAAUGUCUCCCAGUACAUGGAGAAAGUGAUGCAGUGUUUAGAGGAUGAGACAAGGAGAUCCCAUCGCUUCUUGCACUACAGCUCCUACAGCAAGGUUCGCAGCCGUUGUGAGUUACACAUGGUGGCUGACCACUUGAGCUUCCUGCACGGAGAGUGUGAGAGUAUGGUACAGCAGGAGAGACACAGUGACCUGCGGAACAUGUACCCCUUACUGCGCUCUGUUAGUGGUGGUGUACAAGUGCUCAUCACUCACGUCAUGAACCACAUCAAACAGCAAGGGUUGGAGGCUGUUACUGGGCUACGUGGAGACAAUGUACAUUCUCAGUUUGUGGAAAGCAUGCUCAGUGUUCAUAAAAAAUACAAAGCACUCAUUCAGGAUGUUUUCUUGAACGAUCAAAGUUUUCUGGGUGCACUGGAUAAAGCCUGUUCGUCAGUGAUAAACUUCAGGCCGAAUCCUAAGCAACCCUGCAGAUCUCCCGAACUGUUAGCUAAAUAUUGUGAUAUGCUUCUGAAAAAGUCUUCAAAGGGGAUGUCAGAGAACGAAAUUGACGAACGAUUGGCACAAUCAAUUACAAUAUUUAAGUACAUUGAUGAUAAGGAUGUCUUUCAAAAGUUCUACUCCCGAAUGUUAGCGAAAAGACUCAUCCACCAACAAAGUCAGUCGAUGGAUGCAGAGGAAGCUAUGAUAAACCGUCUAAAGCAAGCCUGUGGAUAUGAGUUCACCAAUAAACUUCACAGGAUGUUCACAGACAUCUCUGUAUCUACGGAUCUGAACAAUAAGUUUAGUGCUUUUCUCAAGAAGGACAGCUACGAUCUUGGGAUCAACUUUUCAAUCUAUGUACUUCAGGCUGGUGCUUGGCCUCUAGGCCAGACUACUCUUACCUCGUUUGCAGUUCCUCAAGAGUUAGAAAAAUCUGUACAUAAAUUUGAAAUAUUCUACCACAGUCAUUUUAGUGGUCGAAAACUCACCUGGUUACACCAUUUAUGUCAAGGUGAAUUGAAGCUUGGCUUCCUGAAGAAAACCUACAUCGUAACGAUGCAGACAUUUCAGAUGGCAGUGUUGUUGUUGUUUGAGAACUAUGACUCUCUUUCAUGCGCCGAGGUACAACAAAAUCUGCAGCUCAACGCAGAACAGUUCAACAAGCACAUCUCCAGCCUGGUCGAGUGUAAGCUGCUCUGUGCCACUUCUGAGAACUUGUCAGGGGAGACGAUGUUGAGCCUCAAUUUCGAAUACAGCAAUAAGCGAACGAGACUACGUAUCACCACGGCCCUUCAGAAGGAGUCGCCACAGGAACUGGAGCAGACAGUGACUGCUGUGGACGAGGAUCGGAAACUUUACCUGCAGGCUGCCAUAGUCAGAAUAAUGAAGUCCCGCAAGGUGUUGAGGCACAAUGCUCUCAUUCAGGAGGUACUCAGUCAGUCUAAGGCGUUUGCACCUGCCAUCAGUAUGAUAAAGAAAUGUAUAGAGGCACUAAUAGACAAACAGUAUAUUGAAAGAACACCAAACUCAUCGGAUGAAUAUAGCUACGUCGCGUAACCUUGCGGUUCUUCAUAUUUAUUUUCUGUUGUACAUUUAUUUCAAAUUUUUAUGCUCAAAGUCAAUAUUUAUGAAUAUACCUAAAUAUAAUACAAAUCUUGUUUAUUUUACCUCUUAUAUCUUGUACUGCUUAACAAUCUUUAUAUUAUUGUUUAAAAAUUUGAGUACUAAAAUCUUUUGUGGGAUUGUUUUGUUUUUAAUUUUUUCAGAUUUUUUGAGACAAACAAGCCUUUUUCCUCUCAAACACUAUUUGUCCAAAGUUUAUAUAGUUAAAAAGCAUUAAACUUUGAACCGUAGUUGGUUACCAAUAUUAUGAUUACAAGUUUUUCUUUCUCAUUCAUCAUGUGCAUCCUUUUACAGUGCUGAGCAAAAAUAUUAGCCUCAAUUACUAUACAGAGAGAUCUUUUCAAACCAGUUAAGCAACUUGCCAAACUCUGUAAGUAUAUUGAUCCCAUGUAGGUUAAAAAUUCUUUGAUAAAGGAUAUCAAGGAUGAUCUUGAUAAAUUUUAAAUAAUCAACAAUUUAACAGAACUCUAAUUUGAUGAAACCGCGUAUUAUUAGUACUUAAAAAUCAUGUGUAGUAAAAAUACGCUUGUAUGCCACUCUUUAAGAGGUAUGAAACUCAGGAUACCAUUGUUUAGUUGUAAUUAUUAAUAAUGGAUUAUUGUAUAGGAAAACAGGAAUGUUAAAAACAUUUUCUUGUUGUAAAACAGUUGAAAUAACAAUAUGAUUAUUACUUUAUUUUUUAAAGUUCAUUUUUGGCAGUAGAUUAUUCGAAAGAAUGGCAGGAUUGUGGGCUUUUGCCAUCAUGAAGUGUUGCAAAGAUCCUAAAAAUUAAUUAAGUGUGCCUAAAGCAACGUGCCAAAAUCAAACUCUAAGAACAGGAAAGUCACUCCUUACCUGCAGAGGUACGUUUUUCAUGCUGUGUUGAGCAUUGGUGUUGUGGCUGUAUUGUUUUUACUUGACAUUAAGUUUCAGAUAUAAAACAAAGCUUUUCUGCAAUUGAGUUUGACUUUGGGGUGUUCAGUACCAUGUUGAUUUGUUAUUGCAUACUGUUUUUUUUAUGCAACUCGUUUUUUUUUUUAUGAUUUUGCACCUGAAAAAAGAGCAGAUACCAGUUCUGAAAGCUGUUUGUAAGUUUUUUGUUUUUUUAUAAAUAACAAGCCUUUAUCUUGAUCAUGUUUAAUUGUGCAAUAAGAAUCUAAAAAAUUUGAUUAAACAUGCAAAAAGCGUUACAUGUGCAGAAAGAUGACCCUGAAUACAACAAAAUAGAAAAGUUUAAUGUCAACAAACCCAUCACAAAAUAAGAAAAUGGCUAAUAUUUGAAUAUGAUUUACAAAGCAUCACAAUGUGUAUACACUAGGAACAAGUAAUUAGUUACGAAGGUCAUCUUGUAGCCAAGGCAUUACAGUGUGCAUGCGAAAUGAAAGAAAUGAAUGAUUUUAGUUUCAUGUCUCUUUACAUGAUGAAUUUCAGACAGCAGUACUGUGCUACAUAAGUAUUUUUACCAGUUCUUUCCUCAUGAUGUCUCAAUCAUCCUACACUAAGAAAUUUAGUGGUAUUUUAUCUCUCCUAUGUGUUCCCCCAAUAAAAGCGCUAUUUGUAGUAUAAACACAUUUGUUCUGCUGUUUUAGGCGUGUUUAACUCGAAGAAGAGAUUAGGUACCAGUUCUUGAAAUUAUGCCAUUUCAGUUACUUUGUUUUACUUAUAAAUGGCAAAUGUCUGAAAAGUUCUUUUCACCUUAUUUAACUACUUGACAUAUGGUUUUCCUGAAGUAUGACACAAGUAUUUAAAAUCUUUAUUACCGAUGACAAUGAUUAAGAUAUAUAAUUUUGAGAAAUCAAUAUUAGUAACAGUUUAUUUUCUAUGUAAACCAUGCCUCAAAAUAUUGUUCUAUGCCAAAACGGAGUACAAAACAAGAUUUAUGUUUUCAGAAUAUAUUUUUGUUUACUAGUCAUUGGAUCUUCUGAAUACUUCUGGGUUUUCCAUAUAAAUGGUUUCUAAUAAAACCUGUUUUCAAUAAUGUAAACCUCUUAGGGUUUUUAAACAAUAAUAUGUACUGUUUUACACAUACAUAUUUAUGUAACCUUAAAGUUAGAUCAUGUGUUUUCAUACCUAUUAGAUAAACCUAUUUAGUGAUUCCUUUCAUUUGCUUGGCUGUGAAGUUUAUCAAUCAUUAAGUAGAUUUCAGAUUAGCGGAAAUCAACAGGUAUGUGAUUAAUACAUUGUUUAUAAUUUACACCACCAUAAGGAAAGGAGGAAUAUAAUUAAAUAUAAAUUAAUAAAAUACUUUUCUUUCAUUCAAACAAUUUUUUGUACACAUAGCUAUAGCGUUUGGAGAGUAAAUUUUAUUUUAUUAUAAACAUUUUGCUUUGCCGUUAUUAACAAACUAUUUAGUACCUUUGGAUUUUAAUUUGAAUGAAACAAAAGUACUAUCAUUUACAGAGUAAAUUUUUCUGGAUCAAUAUUUAUAAAUGUGUAAUGGAUUGUACUGCUGGAAUAAAAUAAAUCAACUCCAAAUUGCCAACUCAGGAAAGAGCCAGUGUCCUCAUAUUGAAGACAUUAGUCAGUUAUUGAGUCUGAGGUACUCUCUCCUUAUUCUGUUUCACGACAUUCUCACACAAUUCAGAAGACUACGAGGAUGGGUAAAAUAAGACUAAAAAGGAGAUUGAUCGUAACUUUAAAAAACAAAUCUUGCUAACUAAGAAUCAGAAAACAUUUUAAGGGAGCUGUCUAGAAAUUAUGAUAUUUUUAAAUCUGAAAAUAUCAAAAUAAAAUGAAAAUGAAAGUAUUACAUGUAUGGAUUUGAAAGGAACAUUAUUUUAGUAUAUUUUUACACUGCCGUUAUUCAAAUUUAGAAAUUUACUGUAAUUGUUCACAAUUUUUUCAAUAAUAUCACGUUAAAAAGUUGAUACCUUAAAGUGCAGCCACUAAUUUAUACUGUUGUGCAAUUCUUCCUUGCCUUGAAGAAGUCUUCCUCUAUUCCUUAGUCAGUGUCUCACAGUUGACACAUUUUGACUUAUUCGUAAUUACUAAACUCUGUUGUUAAUAUAUUAUCCUACAAAAUGCAAUAAAAUAAAUACUUUCUAGACAGUUCUCUAGUGUUUUUUUUUUUAAGACGACAAAAAUUCAGGUUUAAAAUAAGAGUUUUGAUAGUGUAAGCUUCCCUUUACCAAAUUGGAAGUUGCUUCCUUUUAUUCUCAGACUUUAAAUUAUAUACAAAUGAGAUACCCACUGAGAGAGAAUGCAAAUAUUUUUUACUGAAAAAUCCCACCGGGGGAUUUUAAACCGUAAAUAAGGAAGUUAUUAUAGCAAAAUUAUCAUAUUUUAUAAUAGAACAAGGUAGAGGUACGCCAACUCGAGUGAUGUAACAGACUUGCUGAGGUUGCAAGCAAAAUUUAAAAUUGAGAAAAUUUCAAAAGUUGUCACGAAAAUGACACAUCAUAGAAUUUAUCCUAGUAAAGUUUUUAUGCAACAUUUUAAAUCUAAAUAUGAAAUCUUUUUUCUACAUUUCUUGUAACAUGAUGCAUUCAAAUUUUUGUUUAUUAAACUGGGUUUCAUAUCAUAUCUAGUUCAACAAAUUUCAAGCCUAUAGAUAAGUUUUUUUUAAGAUAUCAUCCGGACAGAGACAAAAUUGAAAUGUUUCCAGCUCCACGAGUUAUAGGCUUGGUUACAAACUCAGCCAAUAGUUAAAGGUUUUUGUAUAGACUCAACUGGAAAUCCCCCAAAUUAAAACAGUACAUUGUAUCUAAUUAAGUGUUUGUAAUCAUUUGAACUAGGAUUUUAAUACUUACAUUUUUACUUAUUCAAUUUACAGAGGAUUUUUUUGCAUUUUAAAUACAAAUCCUCUGAACGUUUUGUAUAAUAUUAAAUAAUAAUGCUUAGAAUGAAUGUGGUGUUCUGUGUUGUCUUACUUAAGCAAUGAUUAAAAAUUUAUUAUUGAGUAAAAUAUACCAAAUAUGUUACUAGUAGUAUGUGUGCACUUCCGUUCUGUGAGUUUUUCUUCUUUUAUUACUCCUGUCCGUAUGUCUCACAAAGAAAAUUUUCACAUACAGAUGAAAAUUAUUCAAGCAUAGAUACUUACUUUUUAGAGUUUUUUUUUUACUUUUAUUGUUAGCGAACUCUUAAUUUGUGCCCGUUCUUUUACCACUUUCGGUGGAAUACGAAGAAAUGCUGCUAAGCUUUAUAUUUCAUUUAUAUUGUAGUAUAUAUUCAUUGUAAAUAAUGUUACUAAUGCAAGUGUUUGUAGAAGUAUUUUGGAUUGUUUCAGGCGUUAUUGCUGUUGUUUUACUGUGUAUGUGUCUUUGUUUAUAUACAAUAAUUAACAAAACCAAUGUAUAAUUUUUAUAACUUUCAAUAAUUUAUAAAUUUUUAAAGUGCUCUUUUUUAGAAGAAUUAGGGUACCUACAUGACAUGUUUGAAAAUAUUUAAUGUAAAUAAAACGAAGAUAUCUUUAA